UACCAGCCGAGCUUAUUGAUUUAUUGCUCUCUACAGAGAUGCUGAACAGAGUGGUAGAUCUCUUCAUCAAUGAUACAGCUUAAAAUAAAAACAGAUUACCAGAAUGACUUCAGUUGGACAAAUAAUCUUUGGGAGUAUGAUUUUUCUUAUAGUAGUAAUCUCUGGAAUCAUCAUUUUCAUAUUGGCUAUUGCUUUUUCGGUGUCCCAAGGUACUGUUGAGAGCAGCAGUCCCUCUACUGUGGGUAAUCUUGGACAGGAUGUGAUCUUGAACUGCAGGUUCCUCACCAAUAGUGGAAAUGGGCAAUUAGAUGAUGUGUCAAUCACUUGGCUAAAAGAUGGUCUCCGUGGCGUGGUCUAUGAAUACAAGAAAAAAGUAGCCCAACUUCAGGGGCAGAACACACAGUUCAAAAACAGGGCUCAACUGUUUCUUGAUGUCAUCUCUACAGGCAAUGCUUCCCUACUCCUGAGAAGUGUGAGGCUGGAGGAUGACGGUGUGUAUCGCUGUAGUGUCAAUGCACCAAAACUCUCUGGGACUACCAGCAUUAACCUCAAAGUGGCUGCUUUCUCAGCUCCCACAUUUACCCAACAGAAAGAAGGGUCUCUGACUGCUGAGGCUCAAAGAUGGUUUCCACGACCAAAUGUUAGCUGGUUAGGUCAGAGCGGGGAGCUGUUGAACAGUAGCACCCAAUUUAGCAACAACUCUGCUGGAAUCACGCAAGUUGUUAGUGUCUAUGAAGGCCCAGUAAAAGCUGAUAACACCUACACCUGUCUUAUCCAGAACAAUCUAGUGAAGGCUGUCUCAGAGGCAACUGUAACAGGAAAUGGAGUGACAGGGAAGACAUACUUCCUUUUUAAUGCUGCAUCUACAAACGUGUUGUCUUUAAAACUACUGUUGGCAGUCAUCCUCACUCUCUCUGCAUUCCAGUAGAAACAAUGAACUUUUUCCAAUGGUUGUAGGUUAACAGAGAAGUCAACCACCUUAAAGUUAAAUUGAACAUGGAACCUACUUAGAUUAAAUAAGUGUUUUUAUUAUUAUUAUUAUUAUUAUUUUUAUUAUUAUUAUUAAAUAAUGAAUUGUAUGUCCCUGAAGUUUGUUUGCACUUGUGUUUUGAUCUAUCUAGCCAGCAGAUGGGGACACCCAUAUUUUGCCCAUGUUGUACAGGCAUUUUGCUGUGUCUCGUUUGGAAGGAUGCGUCCUCCGGAGGUCGCAUUUCUCGGCCGCAUACAUCAUCGAGGCUGUCUCAUUUCAUAAAAGCGAGUAGGACACUUUGAAUGUGACCUUCUUUUACGGGAAUUCGGAGGAUGCGUGAGGUGUAUCCUUCAUGGGCACUCACAACCCACAGUUCUUUGCUUCAGCGGAAAUGUCUAAAAAAAAAAUAACGCCAAUUUGCCCAUAAAUAUGAUGUUCAAACGCAAGUAAUAUUAAUUCCCAAGUUGAAGUACCUCAGUAGAUGGGUGCAGAGUAUACAAUAUGUAUAAUUAUAUUAAUAUAUAAUUAAAAUAAAGUAUUGUAGACUAAAAGUACACCUGUUAAAUCUAUUUUCUUUUCUCUUUACAUCAUUAUGACUCUCCUAAAAUUUACCUCAUACAUUCCCUUCCAAAGGGACUUUGUUCCCUUCUCACUCAAAGCGCUCGCACUUGUUAAAGAGUAGCGUGCUGUCAUAGCAACCAUGUUACGUUCCGUUUCCGUUUGUCCUACGAAGGUCGUCUUGUUUAAACGAGAUUUGUUUAAAGGAGGACGCUCAGUAUACUUCAGCCUACGCAUUCUACCUAGCAUGCAGCCUUCGAAACGAAACACAGCCAUAGAUUUGUCUUUACACUGCUUGCUCAGAUUUCAGACCAUGCCUCUUAAUGUGUACAUGUCUCUUGAUUGGUUGGUGAGACUAGAUCUCAAAUAACAUGAGCGAAAAAGUUAACUACUCACAAACUUUGGUCUUUUGCACUUUAAUUUAAAUGGUAACAACUUUGUGCUUGCACUGUGAUACUAAAGAAUUUUAGCUAUUUCAUAAUAGAAAGCUAGCAUUUAAUUUUGUAGCCUAGUUUUUUUUUUGUUUUUUUUUUGUGACGUGUCUACUAUACUUGUGUCAUUUGAAUGUGCCCUUAUUUCAGUAAAAUAUUCAGAGAGAAAAAAAUUAACAAAAACAACUUUGAUGUCACUUUGCAAAGAGCAAUCGAUUCAUGAAAAAAAAACAAGAAGAGUUGAGUAAAAACACUUCAGACGGGGACACUGAAAAGAAAUCCAGAGUGCUCUGUCAUGUCUGCAAUCAGAUGUUUCGAGACCCUAAAAUUUUCCCUUGCUUGCACACGUUUUGUGCAUACUGUGUUCGUCAGCUCGAGAUGUUUUCUGUACAUGGAGUGAACAGGGAAUGAUGCAACUCUGUAACAGUCCUGUGUCCAGAGUGCGAUUCAGAGGUGCAUCUGCCAUCUUUGGGUGUGGAUGGGCUGAGCACUGACCAUCUUGCGCUGGAUGAGGUUUUCACGGAGACCCUGCUAAUCAAAAACAGCAUCUUGUGCAGCAACAGCGACGCAGGAAAGCUCUGUGAGGUGUGCUGUGUCAUCCUCUGCGAGUUUUGUAGUCAGGCCCACAGCCUCCAACAAUGUCAUGUCCACCAUUGGUUGGGGCAGAAUCCACAAAGGAAUUGGUGAAACAUUCGCUCUUGAUGCACACUAGUAAUUAUUUAAACAUUUACUAUAUCCCCUACAACCCAUCCAUAUCUAUUAAAUUUCCUUUUCCCCUGCUCCCAACAUGGUUCUAAAAUUUUUGGUGUGGGAUGAUUUGUAUCCUGUCCUUUAAGAUUUGUCCAAUAAACUGCUGUCAAUUGUUGCCAUCUUAUUUGGAGAGGCAUUUCACAUACCUCCACCUGCACUGCUGAAACUGGAGUUGAUGGGUAAGCUCCACAACAAAUUCUCAUUGCCUGUGCCUGAAUUCUGUCCAAUUUAACCAAGUGAGAUUUUGAUGCUGCUCCAUAAACUAUAAUUCCAUAGUCCAAAACUAAUCUGAUCAUCUGAGCUGUAUAUAUGGUUUUAAGGCCAUUUUGUCUGGCCCCCACUCUUGUCCUGAAAAACACCUCAUUAUGUUCAAAACUAUAUUACAGUUCUCCACUAUUUUCUCUAUGUGUCCUUUCCAUGUAAGCCUAUUAUCUAACCACAUCCUUAGGAAUCUUAUUGUAGGGACCCGUUCUAAUGUCUUGUUAUACAAUUUCAAAUUGAAUUCCUUAUCCACUCUUUUGUUAGUGAAGAAGAUUGUCUGCGUUUUCUCCACAGAGAAUUUAAAUCCUCACUUGUUUGCCCAUUUCUCAACUUCAUUUAAUGCUACCUGCAUUUUCUGUACAUUAUGCUUUCUACCCCUGUACCAUAGUGCUCCAUCAUCUGCAAAUUAUGAUUUGCCAACACCCGUAUCUACUGCUGAAAAGACAUUGUUUAUCAUUAUUAUAAACAAUAAAGGACUAAUGGCCCUUCCUUGUGGUGUGCCAUUCUCUAUCACACCACUAGAUGACGUUGAUUCCCCAACUUUUACCUUAAUCUGUUUUUGCAUAAGAAAAUCUUUAAUCCAAUUGUACAUUCUUCUUCCUGUCCCCAGCUGCCUUCAUCAGCAAUCCUUCUUACCAUAAGAUGUCAUAAGCCUUUUCUAUAUCAAAAAGCACUGCAACCACUGACACUUUAUUUAUCAAUGCUUUCCUGAUAUCAGUUUCUAAACAUAUUACUGGAUCUAUUGUACCUUUUCCACUCCUAUACCCACUCUGAUAUGAUGAGAAUUUUCUUUCUUAUUCCAAAUGAUACUUCAAUUUAUCAGUUAUCAUUCUUUCCAUUACUUUACAUAAAUGAGAUUUGAGAGCAAUUGGUCUGUAGUUUAGUGGAAUACUUGGAUCUUUCCCGGGCUCCCUUGGGCAACACCAGUGCAUAUUUCCAAUUUUGAGGUAAUGUCCCUUCCUUCCAAAUCUUGUUAAAAAAUUCUAAUAGCACCACCAACGCACUGCCACUAAAAUACUUCAUCAUAUUGUAACUUAUUCCAUCUUGACCUGGAGUUGAUUCUUUCAUUCUCCUUAUUGCUUGUUUUAACUCAAAUGGGACAUCCAACAAAUUAUUAAUAAUUCCUCUCUUAUCUUUUAACUGUGGAUAUUCUUUAAGGGUAUUUUCCCUUAUUUUCCUACUUCUGUCAGAUUCUCAGAACUAUUUACUUUUACGAAUGCAUCAAGGAACAUCUCUGCCUUGUCUUAAUUUUUAACUGCUAUCUUUUCACCCAUACUCAAAACCGUGUAUUUGGAGAGUUCUUCCGAAUACCAUUCAUCUUUUUAAUCAUAUUCCAAACCUCUUCUACAGGUGUACUUUUCCUAAUAUUAUUACAAAAAGUUUUCCAAUAAAUCUGUUUUGACUCUCUUACUGUUCUCUUUACCCCUGAUUGUGCUUGUUUAUACUCCAUUAGAUCUUGAUAAUUAUUUGUUCUUCUGACUUUCCUAUACGGUGGUGCCAGGGCCUGAAUCGGGCAGGGGAGGAGUGUAACGAGGAGGAGGGUGUGGCCGGGCCAUGAUUGAGCAUGGCUGGUGCUGAAUCAGCUGAUUAGCGGGAGAGCAAGAUAA